CGUUGGCCCAAAGUGGUUGAACCACAAGCAAUCACAACCACACAAUGAGCUGAUCCGCCACCAACCAGUAACAGCACACUCUGCACCCUCUGUCACUCUGCAUGUGUAUCCUGUUUGUUCCACAGAAAGACCCUAAAAUACGUCAUAUUUGACCUGCAAGGCACUUAUCACUCUGCAAUAUUCGAGUCUGUCGCAUUCGAGCACCGACCCGAAACAUCUAGAAUUCCCACAAUCUAUCUCGUGCCAUAUAACGCCAUCUAUUCCCUCCCUCGCGAUCUGCCAUUCUAGAGAAUGUCCUCUUCGAAACUACCGAAUCAAACAAUUACCAUCACGAAAGACGAAGAUGGAGGUGGCGGGAGCGGCUAAUCCGAAGAGACGUCGAGGGUUGGGAGCCGUGACUCAAAAUGCAUGCACUGAAUGUCGUAAGAAGAGAGCAAAGUGCGACGGUCAGAACCCAUGUGGCAGAUGCGAAACCCAAGGUGUCAGUUGCGUCUACGAGAUUCCAAUUCGACAGUCGAAGGAGAAUAUGAGAAGUGAGAUUGAUUCUUUGCGAGCCCAACAAUAUCAAACCGAACAGAUCAUCGCGGCUUUGGUCUCCAAUCACACCUCGGAACUGGUUCUACAACAACUCAAGGAUGGGAAGACGCAAGAGGAGAUAUAUCGGAAGCUAGGCUUGGACAAGUCUGGUCCUGCGAUUUUUGGUGAGAAAUCGACCACAUUCGAAAAUCUCAGCGGCCAGCAAGCAGUUGAGAGUGUCAUGAGAGCGGCAAGGAGUAGUGCUAGUUCAGCUCUAUCACAAUCAAGCUUCGGAGACAGCAACCUCCACCAGCAUACUCAACAGGAAGGAGCUGGAUGGCAAACUUGGGGUGCUGGAGGCUCGUCGACUUUCUCAGAGGCAACUAUCAAGGAUGAAGAUAUGAUGGUUUGGGAUUCGGACAUGAUGCAGGAUAUACAAGAUGUACAAUACCCAUUGGUUGGAACCUGGCAUCAUCAAUCACCAACGUCAACUCCGGAUAGUGCAACGAGACUAGCUCGAGGAGAAGGUCAAGCGACGAUAUUGGGGAACAGCUUUGGAACUGAGGAAAGUCAAGAUCAUCCACGACACAACCAAUCUUGGACUACAGUUACCAACGAUGCUGCAUUUGUCGAGCAUUUGAUGGCACUUUACUUCUGCUGGGAAUAUCCUACAUUCGCUUCAUUGAGCAAGGAACAUUUCCUGGACGAUUUUGAAAGAGGUAGUCAAAAACAUUGUUCUUCGCUGCUUGUGAAUGCCGUACUUGCCCUUGGCUGUAGAUUUUCCAACCAACCCAAUGCUCGGACAAAUCCAAAUGAUAGCAACACUGCAGGAGAUCACUUCUUUGCUGAAGCGACAAGGAUACUCGAAGCCGAGGAUGAUCGCCACAUCUUGACAACAGUACAGGCACUUGGUUUGAUGUCUAUCCGAGAAGCAAGUUGUGGUCGUUCAAGUCAGAGUUUGUAUCUCUCAGGCCAAUCCAUUCGUCUGGCAGUUGAGAUGGGUCUACACAAGGAUGUUCAGGUGGGAGAAGGAGAGGAAGCUGAAGUAGAACAUGCAGUACGAUCUGCAACAUUUUGGGGAGCAUUUUCUCUUGAUCAGGCAUGGUCUCUCAGUAUUGGUCGUCUUCCACACUUCUCUCGAGAUCUCAAACUAGUGACGAAACCAGCACUUGUUGAGCACGUUGAAUCAUCAUCUUGGGUUCCAUAUACCGACGAUGGAGCACCGCUGGAGAAGCCAUGCACGCAACCGUCAAACGUCCGUAGCGUCUUCAAAACCUUCUGCGAGCUUUCAGAAAUCGUUCACAAUUCGUUGUAUACAUUAUAUGCCCCAGGAGCCAGCGUCACCAGCAAGUCAUUAAUGGAAAGCUAUACUAGCUAUCUUCGCUGGUACGAAGCGAUACCAACGACCUUACGACUCGGUCACAAUUUCACUCCAGCUGUUCUCUUUGCCCACAUGUACUACCACUGCGCUAUCUUACUUCUCUUUCGACCGUUCAUCAAAUUGGAUAUCACUGGAUCUAGUGUGUCGCCAAGAGAUAUGUGCAUGCAAGCAGCAGAUGCAAUCACAACACUCGUCAACUCCUAUUCAAAGCUGUAUACCCUACGACGAACACCUUCAUUUGUACCCUAUUUCGUACUCGCGUCAAGCAUUGCACACCUUAUUGGAUACGGCAACUCUAGAGCUGGGCCUGAGAGGCUCAGACAAGGUAUUGCGGAUCUCAAAGAGAUGGCAGGAUGCCAUGGUUUCGCAAACCGGGCUCUCGAAGUCCUCCACUUCUUAAUUCGCCACUGGAAAAUUGGAGAUGUUCUCGAAGAUGGCGGAGAAGACGAGAAGACCAUCUGUCAACCGAAAUCAACCUCCCUGAACCUCUUCUGUCCAAACAUCUCUAGCUUCGAUAUGGUUACCGGGAUCGGACCUGUCGUAGACGGUGCAAAUCCUUUGUUCUGGCCAUUUCCUCUGCAAGGACGACCACUGUUGGAGAUUGGCUUGGACUUGAAGAAGUCAGGAUUCACAGUCCUGGAUUGAGAGUGAACGACGCUCGUGAGAACAUGUCACGAGAUACUGUCUCUUCUGCAAAUACAUAAUCCCAAUAUCAAAUACCCCGGACAAGACCCAGGACACGUCG